UUAAAUUAAGUUUGCUUAAAUCUUGAGUAAAUAUGCAUACACAAUCCUUACUUAAGAGAGCACUUAUCCAAGUGUUAUUUAAUAGUUUAAAAAUAAAUAAAGGUUAAAUUUGUUGACAUAUCAUAUGACCCAGUAAGUUUGUAAGUAAUUUUUAUUAGAAAACGCAGCGUUGGAUAUGUAUUUGAUAAAAAUAGCAAAAAUUAUUUGAAGAAGUGUUUUAAGUAAAAUGUCUGUUGUUGGGGGUGUCCUAAAGCCAUUUUUUCGACACGUCACACACGUAAACAAAACAACAAAUUCUAACCUAUUAUUUAAUAUAUCAAGAUUAUGGUUGUCUAAUAUAAAUGUUAAUUUUAAGCACAAAAUGCCAAAGAAUCAAGAAAAGGGAAACUUUAAAUUCCUUGAUUAUGACUGUAUUGGGUUUGACUUGGACAACACCCUUGCCAGGUACAAAGUGGGGGCUAUGAUCGAAAUGGAGUAUGAUAUAGUUGCAAAGUUCCUGGUAUUUAAAAAAGGGUACUCCGAAAAACACUUGCUUAAGCCUUUAGACCACAAUUUUAUAAUGAAGGGACUUAUCAUAGAUGACGAGAAUGGUAACAUAGUGCGAUUAGGGCCUGAUGGGAAAAUUCUGCAAGCUAGCCAUGGUUCAAAGCUAUUAAACGACGAUCAAAUUUUAAAGUACUACCCUGACAGACACUGGGAGCCCACCGAUUUGUUCACCAAAGAUCCAUUAUGUACGUGGAAUGGUGAACAUGCAACUAAAAUGAGGGCUUUGUUGGAUUAUUUUGAUAUUAUCGCCAGCAUUGUUUUUGCCAGAGCUGUAGACACAGUGGAUGAAGAAAAAGGCGUCCAUAAACAUUACAAUGUUUACGAGGAUAUAGUUGCUGCCCUGCAAGAUAUGUUCGACAGGGAACACUUUGGACAAAAUAAGGGUGAUUAUUUUCGAUUGAUCAAAGACAAUCCAGAGAAGUACUACUACAAGUGCAGCAAUGAUUUGUUGAACUGGCUUCAAGAACUGAAAAAACGCGGGAAAGUGCUGUUUUUAAUCACUGGCUCGCAUACGGAUUUCGCUAACCAUACAGCAAGCAAUACACUGGGUGAGAACUGGAAAGACUUAUUCGACAUUAUCGUUUGUUUUGCCAAAAAACCUGGAUUUUUCACUAUGAACCGAGACUUUCUGGGAGUGGACGGUUUGGAUGAGAAGAUGCCUGUGCCCUUCGAGAAACUCCAAGCUGGCGAGAUGUACACGCACGGCAACUGGAAAGAUUUGCAUGCUUUUCUGCUGUCGAUUUGCGAUAAAGAGGACCCGAAGUUUGUUUAUGUCGGGGACAAUCUGGUUCAGGAUGUGUACACACCUCACGUGCACUCUCAAUGUGAUACGGUGGCAGUUUGCGAAGAACUCGAAGCUGAAGGCGUUCAUGGACACGAGCCCUGGCAUCCGGACGAGCAGUUUUUGGUGUCGACAGUGUGGGGCUCGUAUUUCCAUUGCAAUAAGAACAAUUCCGCCACCAAUUGGUAUCAUAUGAUGAAGACUCAUUCAAAGCUGUGUGUUCCAAGUCUGGAGUAUGUUGCCACAUACCCUAUAGAUUAUGUAUUUAAAACGCAAAUUUAGAUUUUCCAUGUUGGAAAUGUUUUUUGUCACGUGAUGAAGUUUGUUUCCCAAAAGACAUUUUCAAUUCUACAGCAUUUAAAAUGUUAUGUUACCAUGUUGUUAUCUGUUUAAAUUAUUUAGGAAAACGUUUUGUUACCACUUAAUAUUUAUUUCAAAUACAUUUUUAAAGGACGCAUAAUUUUUUUUAAUAAAAC